AUUUGCCAUGUUCUACGCCAUUGGUUUCGCCCUCGUCGCUGCCGUGCUCGCCGGUCUCUCGCCGCUAUACUGGACGCGCCUCUACUUUGUGCCCGUCCUCGAGAUCGUCGCGCACGCGGUCCUCUGGUCGACGCUGCUGCUGCUGAUCGCGAUCGCCGCCACAGGCCGCCUCGGCCUCUUUGCGAACGCGCUCGACAAACGCACGGUGCUCCUGCACUGCAUCGCCAACUUGUUUAUGGUCUGCAACUACUACCUCCUCGUCUACGCCUCGCUGCACGCAACGUUGCUCUUGCUGAGCAUGGGCUACUUCUUGGCGCCGUUGCUCGAGAGCCUUCUUGGCCGCGUCUUUCGCCGUGAAGCGCUCUCGUCGCGCCAGAAUGUCGCCAUCCUCGUCGGCGUCUUUGCUGCCAUCGUCAUUGGCAUUGGUUUCGAAGCCGUCCCGGUCGUCGGGCUCCUCGCCGCCGUCUCGAUGGCGCUCCACCGCGUGUUGACGAGCUUCAAGCCGCUGCCACCCGACAUGAGCGCCGCGCUCGAAGGUCUUGGCCUCAUCGUGCCCGCGAUCGCGUACAUUGCUGUCAUCACCGCGAACGGCACGAGCCUCUUUUGGCACAUUAGCGGCCAAGUGAACGGGCUUCUUCUCGGUUCCGGCCUCAUCGUCGCACUGCCACUCUUCUUUGUGUGCAAGGCGGCGGCGUCGCUCUGCCCCAACGUCCUCCAGCUCGUGGGCUACGCGACGCCAACGUUGUUUCUGCUCUUGGCGAUUUUCAACACGGGCGAAGCUCUCCCGCUUAUCGCGUUCAUCGGGUUCCUCAUGCUCUGGAUGGCGUUUACGAUGGACAUCAUGGAGCGCCUCCGUCGGACCAAGGAGACCAAGGCGUCCGAGAUCCUCGGCGACGCCGGCGUCGGCGACGGCUUCAUCGCGGCCAGCCCCGUCUAAGCCGACACGUUUUGAGCUGUACACCUACCGUGUUUAUUAACUGCCGUGUCAAUACACCUCCGUAUGUCGUGUGCGGAAGUCCAUGAAGGACCAUUGUUGUGCAGCGAGCGCGACGCCUGUGCGUCACCGAGGCGUAGCGAGC